AUGGCGCGUCCCUGUGGGAAGAUCCUCAGCAGAGGGGUGGAGAGGAGGGAGAAGACCAUCGGGCCCCGUUUCGGGAAAUCUUGCUGUCGCAGCAGAGCCACUGGCUUUCUCAAACACGAGGCCAUGUCACAAGGGGGGGCGGGGCGGGGGGUAGAUUUGCGAAAUCAGAACAGACAAAUGACCGCGGUGCAGAGCGAGCGGUGGGCCGCGGACAAGCUGUUGAGGGGUUCCCGGAGGAAGAGGGUGACAUUGGCGCUUGGGUAG